GACAGUGGUUUUGUGGCAAAAAAAUAGGGACAACGACGUGUUAACAAGCUGAUUAAGAAAGCGUGGGGCAUUUUCUAAAUUUCUGUCGUGUUAAUUUUAUUCGACAGAAAUACGUCUCGUAAAGGUUACCUAUCGUGGUCCAGUGGAAAAUCGAAUUAUUUCCGUUUAGAUUUUUACGAAAUAGAAACUUUAGACAUGGCUAACUCAAACAACUACACAGGGGAACAUUCUUAUGGAUAUUGGAUGAAUCAUGAGGGCUCAAUCGUACAAGAAGAUGGUGAAAUAAGCCCUCCAGGUGAACAGUACCAUAUUGCUCUAGAAACAAGAAGGGAGACUGAGAGAGACUGGGAUAGAAAUAGAGAGAGAAAUCGAGAUAGAACUAGAAGACGAUCCAGGUCCCGAUCAAAAUCCGCAGAAAGAAAGCGACGACGGGAGAGAAACAAGAAAAGAGACUGGAGUAGUGACUCAGGUUCAAGCCGUAGUCGGAGUCGUAGCCGUGCUGAUAGAAGAAGAAGUCGAAGUCGUGAUCGCAGUAAAAGAGAACGAGAAAGGCCAACAUAUGAUGAUCAUCGUGAACGAGAAUAUGAAAGAACAGAUAAUUGGAGAGCUGUUGCACCCAACAACACAAUCAUGGUCAGCAAUUUACCUCUCCAUGUAGCUGAAAACGAGAUUCGAGCAAACAUUGUGAUGCAUGGACUUGUGGCUAAGGAUAUUCGACUCAUACGGAGAAAAGAUACGGGUGCUUCGCGUGGAUUCGCGUUCGUUGAAUUUAAUCGUCUACCCGAAGCUGAACGGUGGAUGGAAGUCAAUCAGGGAUGUCUUGUUUUGGAAAACCAGUAUCAAGCUACUCUUCAGUACAGUAUCUCAAAAGAUUCAUUCAAUGAUAAAGCUGCAAAAGCAGCUCAAGAUUGGUUUUGCAUUCAUUGCGGUGAACAUAAUUUCAAGCGUCGAGAAAUAUGUUUUAAAUGCCAAUCACCCAGGAGUGAAUCUGAGUUGAUGAAUGAUGUUCAGAGAGAGAUUUCUCACUUUCCCACAAGCACUGUAUUAUUACGAAAUAUGGACGUCCUAACCAAUGAAGACAGAGUUUUGAGCAUUUUGCAAAGCGUUCCAGGUGUCGCCACGUUACCUAUAAAGUCCGUCCGUAUCGGUCGUGAUCCUUUAAACAACAUUUCGAGGGGAGUUUGCUACCUUGAGAUGAACAAUACAAAUGACGCAAUGCGUCUUUUCGCUGGUUUGUCUGAUGUAGGACGUCUGGAAAUCGAUGGCCGUGAAGUAAUGGUGUCGUACUGCAAACAAGGAAAUUCGUCCAUGCCAGUUGCCUCAGUUUCUGCCACCGCCAACUCAUUGGCUCCGGCAGGAAUGACAGCUGUUGCCGCGGCGCAGUGGUCUGUUAGCAAUGCUAACAAUGGCCCACAGGCAACUGUGUCUGGAAAUGAAAACAACUUCACUGCUUCGGAAAUCCCUCGAUUGGCAGAGUACUCGGCUUCACUAUAUGCCAAAACACCAGAAGAACACGCUUCUUAUUUGCAAUACUACACGCAGUACUAUGCAAAUCAGCUGCAAUCAACCACAGCCCAAUCGCAGAAGGCAGUAGCGCCCGACUUAAGCAAAUAUGUUUUUGAUGAAAAAUCCGGUUACUACUAUGACACAGCUACAAAUCUCUACUAUGACUCCAAAACCCAAUACUUCUACAAUCCACAAACUCAGCAGUUUUGUUAUUGGGAUAGUGAUAAACACAGUUUUGUUCCUGUGUCUGCCGACGAAAGCAAAAUGGCACCUUUAACCUCUACCCAAGAAGACAAGAAAGAAAAACCAGAAAAACAAGACAAAGUUACCGUUGCAAAGAAAAUUGCAAAAGAUAUGGAAAAAUGGGCUAAAACACUCAACCAGAGAAAGGAAUCGACGAAAGUUGCAGUGCCAGCUCCUGCAUAUGAACCAGAACCUGAACGACGAAAAGAGCCUGAACCACCACCACCGCCGUCAGACAAGUCCAGUCUUAACGAAGUACUUCAAGUGUUGCAGAGGAAACAGUUAGCUGACAAGAAACCUUUAGGUGCUUCAGCUCUCGUUGCAUACGGCAGUGAUAGCGAUAGUGAUGGUCACGAUGAAAAAAAAGCUGCCGAACUCCUGGAGAGCUUGAUUGACUGGACCAAGCUUGCGUGUCUGUUGUGCAAACGACAGUUUUCCAACCGAGAAACAUUGGUUAAACAUCAACAGUUAUCGGAUUUGCACAGGGAGAAUCUUGAAGCUUGGAAGAAGCAGAACACACCAAUUGCGUAUCGCGACCGUGCCAAAGAGAGGAGGAAAAAGCAUGGGGACAGUGAGCCGAAUCAUCAACGCAAGAAACAAGAGUCGGUCUCGAGAUCCCGGACAGAAACUGUUGCAUCCGACUACGAACGACCAUCGCAGAGCGGGUUGACCAGCAACAAUGUUGGGAACAAAUUGCUGCAGAAAAUGGGUUGGCAAGAAGGACAAGGCCUCGGGAAAUCCAAUCAAGGAAGGACCACCAUUAUUGAGGCUGAUCGUCGCAGUGCCCAAGCUGGAUUGGGGAUGAAAACGUAUGCUGUUGCAGGAGAUGAUUAUCGCCAAAGCGUCAAGAAGUUGGCCAUGAUGAGGUUCAAAGAGUUGAAUGACGAGUGAGCUACUUUAGUUUUAUUUCUGCCUUGUUAACCUAGUGUUACACUUCAUUUAUAUCCAUCACUUGCAAUUAAAUAUCUUCUUGUGUGCCGAAUGAAAUACACAGUACAUCAAAUUCAAAA